AUGCGAAAUGCUUCUCGAAGAAUUGCAGCAGAACCGCAAUCUCCAGUACCGACACUGAUACCUUUUGAGGGUGAUAUUAUUGACCCAGGUCCUAUAACACCAAGUAGUGCAUCGCCAUCGGUUGCAACAACUGACAAUGUACCUUCAUACCAUGAAAUCAUCGAAAAUCAUCGGGGCGUGAUAGACCGUGCUCUAACUCCGCUUGUGAAGAGAUUCACAGUCUACGAUGAUCAUCCAGAAUGUAUCGACGGAUACCGCAUAGUUAAAUGCAUUGGAAAGGGACAAUUUGGACAGGUGUAUCUCGCUCAAUCUAAAACUCUCGAGCAGGUAGCAGUUAAAUGUAUCCAAAAGCGUCCUCGUAACUCUCAACAAUACUCUAUGAAUCAAGUCAUGAGGCAAAUGCGGUACUGGAAAUCUAAGGGAAAAUUUGUUUCAAACAGUGAAGAUGCGAUAAUGCAGAUGAAUGUCAGCAAAAUACGAUGGGAAGUUUACAUUGCCAAUCGGCUAAGGCACAAAAAUAUUUUACAUGUAUUAGAAUGCCUAGACUCACCUUCAAGUCGAAAAAUUUGGAUAAUAACCCCAUGGUCAUCUCUGGGGGAAUUGAGAUGGGAACGUGGUUCAAAAUCGCAGACCCUUGAUCAAUGGAACAGGUUUCUGCGAAAACAGACGACUGUUGAACAAUUUUCUGAAAUUGUUCUCAAGAAUAUAGUUGACGGUUUGCUGUAUUUAUCUAAACAAGGUUGCAUUCACCGUGAUAUCAAGCCGUCGAAUAUUUUACUUGACGGUACUAGCGGCGAAAUGAAAAUCUCAGACUUCGGCAGCAGUUUGAUAUCACCAGAAUUUCUCCCUUUCAAAGACCAAGAGCUGGCUCAGGGUUAUAUGGAGGAAAUACACAAAAUAGUUGGAACACCCGCAUUUAUUGCACCGGAACUUUGUGAUUUUAGUGCUAAAACGACCUUUCUGGAUGGGUUUAAGCUGGAUGUAUGGUCACUAGGAGUUACAAUGUACUGCUUGCUUGAAAAUAAACUACCAUUUUGGGGUGACAAUGAAUUCGACACUUUUCACAAGAUUGUAAGAGACCGGUUGCCGAAGAAUGGCAAUUGGCUCCAUGACCUCAUAGUCACAAGACUUCUUGAAAAAAGCAUGUCUGAGAGGAUUUCCAUAGAUGAACUUUCCACACUUUUGAAGAAAUCGCGAAAGAAGCAUGGCGUAAAGAAUUUAAUGUCCAAAUUUAGGAACUUUGCGACCAAGAAAAAAAAUCCCAGUACAACGCAGUUUAGCUCUAUCCACAUUGAUGAAGGGUCAUCAGAUUUUAAUCUGGAUACCUCCUCCUCUUCAAUUGGAUCGUCAUUUGGUGAGCCUGUACAAAUUUCAGAAUUUGUCAAGUCGCCAACCGAAACAGUAAAGCCAGAGUCCGGUACCACAACAGAUGUUGAAAGAGUUGAAAUUUUAAGUGAGACCUCAAACCAACAGUCAUCUAUUCCCAUCACUCCAGAAGAUACCCGAAACGAAGUAAGUCCUUCACCCAUAAAAGUGGAUACUCCACUGAAGGAACUAAUUCGCAGCGGAAAUACACCAGAAAAAGAUUUAGAAUUGAUGGAAACUGUCAUGCCUGUUGAAAAUAAGUCCUUAGCUCAAACACAAGAACAUUCUCAUAUACUUUCUUCUCGUGGUACGAUAGAUUUUAAGAGAUAUUUUCGAUCUCCAUCGAAAGCAUCGAAAACUAGGAGUAAUCAAUCUCAAAAAAACUCAUUUGCAAGUAAGGACUCAAUUGAAGAUAUCAGAAAAUAUCUCGACUACGCAGAUACGUAA